AAUGUAAAUAGUAUAAAAGUUCGGUUGUUCGUCAAUAUAUUCAGUUAUGGAUAUAACGGAAUUAAAAAUAGUUUGCCUUUUAUUGAUUUGAAAAGUAUUUUAUUUCAGUUUUACGUGUACUCGAUUUCAACGAUUAGCGUUUUAUAUUGUUGUGUUUUGUAGUGUUACUCGCGUGAUGUGAUGACUUCGGUGUACUCUACAAAAAAGUGUUUUGCGUUUUUUAAGUUAUAGUAAUGAUUUGUUUCUUACAAUGAGGGUGCAAUACCGUAAUAAGCAGGUAAUUUUUCGCGGAUUUCUCAGCGAGUUGUUCAAAAUAUUUGAGUUCUGAAGUUGAGAAUAGGUAGGGGCGUAAAAUUUUAAUUGCACAGGUAAAUGUGCAGAUUUGAGGCAUAGAGAAAUAGGAUCGUUGAUGGAGAUCACUUUAGUCGCUGAAGUGUCCAAUCCGAACAGUUUUCUGGUUCAUCCGAGCACACAUUAUAAAAAUAUUAUUGCCGUUUCAUUGGUAAACAAAUAUGAUAUGCUGAAAUCGGAGUUUGCGGAGGUACCCCAGGCUGUGUGGUUUUACCCGCACGGAAGAGGAUACGGAAAACAUAGUGGCAAACUACACUACCGUAUUGAAUAUAUGGUGAAGAAGCACGAAAAGCAGAUCCGUCAGAACAAAGUUAUUCCUAAUGUAAACAUCAACUUCGAUGCAUCAACCAGCAAUGCCACAGGAACCAGUUUGGAAACUACUGAGGAAAACUUGAUAGAAAUCGUUGAAAACCUUAAAUUCAUCGUGCCAUCCGACGAAUCACUAGAGAUGAUACGAGCAAACUGGAUAAAGACCUUCAAAAUUCGCCAAGAGCAUCGCAGAAAAGUUACCGAACCCGAGCUAAUGUUGGAAAUGUUCCCACUUUCUACGGCGUUCAGAGGAGCCUUGAUUAACUUGGAUUUUAAUGACAUGUUUCCAUCCGCUAAUCCCAACAUCGAAGGUGAACUAGAUUCAUUGCAGAUCAAAAUUACCAAUAGAUUUGCCCACCUACACUCAACAAUACCGGAUCAUUUUAUCCGCAUGUUACUAAUCGUAAAGGAAAAAAAUCCACCACGCGGCGCUAAGCGGACAAAUGACGGUUCACAGAAAGUUAAUAACCUUCUGGAGAGAAUUGUAGAGUGGAUUGAUCCAGAAGAAGAUGUCGAGCAGUAUGCUGAGAGGUAUAAAGCCACGAAAUAACCACUAACAGCUUCCUUCUACAAUUGAAAUAAAAAGUUAAAACUUCUUCCGUAAUAA